CUUUAGCACUAAAUAAAACGCCGAGUGUCCGAUGAUACCGAUUCAGACGUUUCUGUAAAUUGGCCGAAGAAAUAGUAGUCCGCUGUGGUCAGUAAUAAUAAUUAUUACUAUAACCGUACCGAAGACGAAAGAGACAAACAUGAGUGCCAGCAAACUCGUCUUGUGUGUAUUCUUGGCAGCUACACUAGCCAUCGCAACAGCUACACCUUUAGGAUUUAUUGGGUUUAGUAGUGGUUACGGUGGUGGUUAUGGAGGUGGAUAUGGUGGCGGAUCUUACGGAAACUACGGAGGUCACCGAGGAGGUUAUGAUAACUAUGGAAGUGGCUAUGGAGUAGGUGUUGGAGUCGGUUUCACUGGAGGUUACAGUGGUUAUGGUCAACAAGGUGGAUACGGCUAUAAUAAUGGAUAUGGUUACAAUGGAGGAUAUGGUCACCAGGGCGGAUACUAUGGGGGCAAUCAGGGUUAUGGACAUGGCUACGGACAUGGCCACGGAAACGGCUAUGGACAUGGAUACGGACACCAUUAUUAGUUACACUUACAUCAUAUAAUCAUUAAACACAGCACAUCUUCCUUCUAAAUUAAACAUUUUUAUGUUUUUUUUUUUUGUAAAAUGUAUAUCUACCUGUAACAGCUAGUUUUAUACAUAUAUUUAAUAAAUUAAAGAUCUUUUUUUAUUAAUA